CUCACGCACACUCUCCUUUUCUAACCGGUGGAGCCACGAUGGACAGAGAGAUAUGGGUACAAGUGAUGCCCAUCCCCAUUAGUCCAACAUCCGUCCACUAGCGCAAAAGACGAGUAAAUGCAACGAAUAUCCCGUCCCAUGUGACUCUCUUAUCAUAUGCCAGCCUCCGUCCCAAAGUCGUCGAUCAAAUGUCACCUAACGCUGUUGCAAAAAUAACUCAAGAAGGAAGAAGGGGAAGAAAAAAAAGUUCCAGUCUUUAUGUUCUGGGAAGGUCGAAACCGAACUGGGUUGGUGCUAUCAACCUCAAUCAAGAUACGGGCUCAGCUGCGGGAUCACUUUCCUUGUCUCUGAAUUCUGGUAAAUUCCUCUUUUAUUUUAUUUGAUAUUAUCUGGGUUGAUGGCUGUUUAUUUUUUUGUUGUUUUGUUACGCUCUUCCUAUCUGUCUCUCUGGAUAACGUUCUUUAUUUCAACUUGAUGUUUGUCUUAUUGUUAUUAUUAUGAUUAUCCUGUCUCAGAUCUGUCUUCUGGUAGCUUGGUGCCGAGUUUGGGGUUGGAUGAUCAUUUGAACCGCUUUUGGGUUUCUUCGUAGCUAAGCUCUGGAUUUUGUUCUAGAGCUAGCUAGCUGAAACUUAUAAGCUGCAGCUGGACUGCGUAGACUGUUGAUUUCUCAGUUCAGAGUGUUGCUCUAGAUUAUUCUUUGAAGUUUUUUUUUUUGAUCGAGUUUUAGUCCUUUGAAACUUUAGCUAUGGUGGUGGUUUAGGAUUGAAUUCGAUCUUGAUUCAAGGUUUUUAGGUGGAAAUAAUGGGUAGUAGUAGAACUGUAGUUUGGUUUAGGAGAGACCUUAGGAUAGAGGAUAAUCCUGCCCUAGCGGCUGCUGCAAGGGAUGGUCCUGUCUUUCCCGUUUAUAUUUGGUGCCCUGAAGAAGAAGGGCAGUUCUAUCCCGGCCGGGUUUCCCGGUGGUGGCUGAAGCAGUCUCUUACCCACUUGGGAAACUCGAUCAAAUCACUUGGUGCUGAACUUAUCCUGAUCAAGACUCACAGUGCUGUCGAUGCUCUUCGAGACUGUGUCAAUGCCGUUGGAGCGACCAGAGUGGUCUUUAAUCAUCUCUAUGAUCCGGUAUCUCUGGUUCGUGAUCACGGUAUCAAGGAGAAAUUGGGGGAACUUGGAAUUUCCGUGCAGAGCUAUAAUGGGGAUUUGUUAUAUGAACCGUGGGAUAUAUAUGAUGAUGAAGGACAUGCUUUUACAAAGUUCAAUUCAUAUUGGGAGAAGUGCUUGCAUCUGCAGAUGGAGCCUGUCUCACAUCUACCUCCAUGGAAGCUGGUGCCUGCUACAGGUUCAAUUGAAAAGUGUUCAGUGGAUGAACUUGGUUUGGAAGAUGAAUUGGAAAAAGCAAGCAACUCUUUGUUAGGAAGAGCAUGGUCUCCAGGUUGGGGUAAUGCUGACAAAUCCCUAACAGAAUUCGUUGAACGACAUUUGAUUAACUAUUCGGAGAACAGGCUUAAGGUUGGAGUGGAUUCCACUUCUCUCUUGUCCCCUUAUCUCCAUUUUGGGGAGCUGAGCGUUAGGAAGGUUUUCCAAUGUGUUCGAAUGAAGCAGCUAGUGUGGGAGAAAGAAGAAAACAAAAAAGGGAAAGACAGUGUGAACUGGUUUCUUAGGUCGAUUGGGCUAAGGGAAUACUCGCGUUAUCUUUGUUUCAAUUUUCCAUUCACCCACGAGAGAUCGUUGCUAGGGCACUUGAAGUACUUCCCUUGGAAUGCCAACCAAGCCCAUUUCAAGUCUUGGAGACAAGGAAGAACCGGUUACCCUCUCGUUGAUGCCGGGAUGAGGGAGCUAUGGGCAACUGGUUGGAUGCAUAACAGAAUAAGAGUAAUUGUGUCGAGCUUCUCUGUCAAAGUUCUGCUCUUGCCAUGGAGAUGGGGAAUGAAGUAUUUCUGGGACACGCUUUUGGAUGCAGAUCUUGAAUGUGACAUCCUUGGUUGGCAGUAUAUAUCAGGAAGCCUACCAGAUGGCCAUGAACUGGAACGAUUAGACAGUCCAGAGAUACAAGGUUCCAAAUUUGACCCAGAAGGAGAAUAUGUGAGACACUGGCUGCCUGAAUUAGCUAGAAUGCCAACCGAGUGGAUUCAUCACCCAUGGGAUGCACCUGAUAUUGUGCUCAAAUCUGCUGGGGUCGAACUGGGACUAAACUAUCCAAUGCCUAUAGUGGAUCUGGACAUGGCUAGAGAACUUCUCACUUCAGCCAUAUUCAAGAUGUGGGAAGACGAAGCAGCUGCCAGAGCUUCGAGCUCAAAUGGGACAAAUGAAGUCAUUGGUGAUAACACAGGCAUUACGGAUGGGAUUCCGAAGGUUGUCUUGAGGGAGAAAGGCAAGGCUCCUUGCCUUACUGCAUCCUCUAACGAUCAGAAGGUUCCAUCGUUUUAUAACAUGAAGCAGAAGGAUCCACACGGGAAGAAGAGGGCCAAAUGCAUGGAGGAGGGAACCCCUGGACCAGAUAAGUUCCGAGAUUGUAAUAACGUCGCAGGGACUUCAAGACCGGAUGGUGAUCUGUGCUCGACUGCUGAAUCAUCAGCGGCUAAGAAGCAGGCAACAACAAGCAGAUGCUCCUUUUCAGUUCCCCAGUAUUGUUCGUCAUCAGAAGGGAACAGCACGGCGCAGGAAUGUGAAUCGCCCGAAUUCAAGGAGCCGUGGCAGUCGCAAAUCGACAUUGAAAACAGUUCAAGCAAAGAUGUUGCCAUGGGAACUUGAUGUUGCAGCAGUUUUCGAAACCUUCUCCGAAUAGAGGGUACUGGCAGUUCUUAUUUGAUGCACUUGCCUGAAUCAUUAACUGUACAGGAAAUGCUCAUUUCUGGAUGAACAAAGUGCUGGUUCCAUCGGUUUCUAUAGCCACCCUUAUCCUUCUAAGUUCUAAGUCACGUAUGCUUGCAACCUGGAAGUGUUUUUUUCCAGGUACUACACAUGUUAAUAGGUCGAGCAGAUGUUACUACUAUCUAGUAAAAUAAAAUUCAGUGCCCUUUUGCUGUCAUCCAAAGUCUGUUUCCAAUGCUGGAUGCUGUAAUUCCUUCGCUCUUAACGAGUGGAAAGGGUUAGUGUCGAUAUUGAGAUGUGGUAAGUGUCGGCUGGUUGAUUAUUAUAGGAAUCAAAGUAAUGUAACUCUGGAAGCAAAGUGUCUGGUAGCUGGUAAGUGAAAGGAAUUGCAAGAUUUGAUAUUUGCAUAGAAAACUAACUUGAUUCUCAUUGAUGAUUCUGUGAUCUAAUAUACAGCCUUGUGAGAG